CGUAGAAUGGGGAUACUUGCAAUGGUGGGGUAACUUGCAACAAAACUACAGGUAAAUAUAUUUUGUGUGUUGGCUACCAUGAUUCAGUUCGAUGUGUACAUGUUUCUAUUGCCAUUUGUUUACAAAUGUCUGUUGCAGCUUGUACAUGUUGUUUUAGGCGGUACUUAUUGUUUUGUGCAUUUGUUUUUCAUAAAUAAAUAUUAUUAUUGAAAAUCUGCAAAAAGUAACAUCUGGAAACUUCCUGUAGAAGUUCUUAGAAGUACACAUCUAAAGACAUUGUAAGGUUAUGGCCAGAAAACACAAGAAAGUUCCAGGACAUCGUAGUUAUGCCAAUUUUUCGAAGGAAAGCCUUUUAGCUGCAAUAGAAGAUGUAAAAACAAAAGGCCUUUCAUACAGACAAGCUGGUGAAAAGUAUGGAAUCACUGGAUCAACAAUCUACAGGGCGUUCAAAAAGAAGCACCCCAAAAGUUAUGGAAGACCUGCAGUGCUGACAGAAGAUGAAGAACGUAAGCUGGUUCAUGGGAUUUUAUUGGCGAGUGAUUGGGGGUUUCCAUUUGACAAGUUGGAUAUUUGUUUACUUGUUAAAAGCUUUUUAGAUAAUGAGGGGCGAACAGAACUUAGAUUUAAAAAAAAUAUGCCAGGUAGGGAUUGGUAUCUUUCUUUUAUAGGAAGGCACAAGAAAAUUCUGUCACCACGAUUUUGUCAGAACAUUACGAGAGCAAGGGCUGGUGUUAGCAGAGAAGUUCUAGAGAAAUAUUUUGCUAACUUACAGAUCUCUUUGCAUGGAGUAAAACCAAACAUGAUCGUCAAUUACGACGAAACCAAUAUGACAGAUGAUCCGCAAAGAGCAAAGGUGGUGGUUAGACGGGGGGCAAAGUACCCAGAACGUGUUAUGGAUCACUCCAAAGUUAGCGUUUCUGUGAUGUUCUCAGGAACAGCAUCAGGCAUUGUAUUACCACCCAUGAUUGUUUACAAGUCUGAGCACCUGUAUGAUACAUGGAUGGAGAACGGACCAAAGGGUACAAUAUACGGGUGCUCCAAAAGUGGGUGGUUUGAUGGUCACCUAUUUCAAAAAUGGUUUUGCAAUAUAGCAUUGCCCUAUUUCCGAUCUUGCGAUAAAGGAGGUGGAAAUUCUCCAAAAGUCUUGAUUGGGGACAAUCUUGCUAGCCAUCUGUCCAUGCCAGUCAUUGAAGAAUGCAGGAAACAUAACAUUAAAUUUGUUUUACUGCCACCAAACAGCACACAUAUUUGUCAGCCUCUCGAUGUAGCCUUUUUUCGUCCUCUGAAAAUUAAGUGGCGACAAACUCUUGCAGAGUUCAAAGCAAAGUACAAGGGGACAAUACCAAAAAAUUUAUUUCCCAGAUAUUUGAAUGCAACACUGGAAAAAUUGGAAAAUGCUUCGCAAAAUUUAUGCUCAGGGUUCAGAGCAACUGGCUUGUAUCCGUUCAAUCCGCAACAAGUUUUAAAUAAACUUCCAGCUGAGAAUGAAGAUUCCUCUGCCAACUCAACAGCAGAUGGCUCUUGGUCUGAAGCAUUCAUUGAGGUUCUGCGAGAAGCCCGAUUUGGCCAGUCAUCAGCCCCUCGAGUUCGCAAGAGAAGGGUUGUUAAUGUUAAUCCUGGUCUAAGUGUAAAUGGAAGUUUAGAAGAUACCAGCAUUGACCAGGACCCUUCUUCAACUUCAGCUCCUUCAACUACAGCUUCUUCAACUUUAGCUUCAACUUCAGCUCCUACAACUUCAGCUCCUACAACUUCAACUCCAUAUGCAAAGGCUAGAACAUGGUCCAAGUUUUCAUCAGAAUCUGUGGAUUUUGAAAUGACAGAUGUGCAUCAGAAUGCAGAAAGUGAACAUGAGACUGCGAACUUCUGUCUUAUCAAAACCGGUGACUUUUUAUUGGUGAAGUUAAUGUAUGAUAGCAGAUCAAAUAAGGCAGUUCAAAGGUUCUUUGUUGCUAAAGUCUUGGAAAAGAAUGAAUCUGUUGUUUAUUGUUCUUUUCUCCGUAAAAGUGCUAAGGCCGAAAAAGUAUUUCUCUUCCCAUCAGUGGAAGAUACCUUUAAUGUGAUGAAAGAAAACAUUGUGAAAAUAUUGAGAGAACCAAGAGUAGUACGAGGACGACAUAUUUUUACAGAGUAUUUUACUGAACAAAUUCAAUGAACUCACCUGAUUCAUAACAUGCAUUGUUAAUUUUUUUUUUAUGGGUUUACUGAUCAGUUUCUUGUGACAUUUGGUUUCUAUUUUAUUGCAUUUUUACUUAAAUAUAGUAUUUAAAUAUUCCAACUGUUGCAAGUAACCCCACAUAAGUGUUAACUUGUAAUUCCUAAAUGAUUUAGUAAGUGUUGCAAGUUACCCCACUGAUGGGGUUACUUGCAACAGCUAUAUUUUGUCAUUAUUCGUGAAAACUAUUUUGGGUAAAAACAUUUUGUGCAUAUCAUUGUAUUCUACAUGCAUAUAUUAUGUACCAUGUCUAUAUUUAUCCCAUUAACAUGAGUCUGGCAUAGUGUAAUAUAUUGUUGAAUUCAUUCUCUGUUGCAAGUAUCCCCAU